AUGACGACACCCAGCCGUAGACGUUUGAUGCGAGACUUCAAGAAACUCCAGGUUUGAUUUUUCGAAGUUUAAAUAUAUUUCCUCCGGCCAUUUUUGAUCGUCCAAAUAGUUUAGUUUUCAAGGAACUUUUGCCUUGAUCAUAAAAUCAAAUUUUUUUAUCCGUGUUUUUUUCUUCUGUGCAUAUAAAGUAAUUUAUUCCUAUUAGAAGAAAUGUAGUGGCUGCUAGUAAGCUUUGUGAAAACGCCAUCAAUUUACAAGUAUUUUUCAGUAUUUCUUUCUUGUAGUAAUUUUCUGUAGUUGUAUGUAAAAAGUGAAAUUUAUACCAAGAGACAGUUUCUCAAUUUAAUUUUUGUUUCUUUUCAGGAGGAUCCACCAGCGGGCGUUUCGGGUGCGCCCACGCAAGAUAACAUUCUAACUUGGGAGGCCAUAAUUUUUGGACCCCAGGAGACGCCUUUCGAAGAUGGAACUUUCAAGGUAAUAUCUAAUUCGAUUUUGUACUCUCUUAUUCGUAAUAAAAAAGACUUUUAUAUUAAUCUCUACAGAAAAUUAGGGAUGUUUUUUUUUUCGAAAAUUGAUUUUUUAAAGCUAUCUCUGGAGUUCACGGAAGAGUAUCCAAACAAGCCGCCAACGGUCAAGUUUAUCUCGAGAAUGUUCCAUCCAAACGUCUACGCCGAUGGAUCCAUUUGCUUGGAUAUUUUACAGGUUUUCAAACAUUUUUAGUUCGUUCUGGACAUGAAGCGUUUCUUGUUUCUUCAAUGUGAUGGCUUUUAUUUUCUAUUUGCACUAUUUAUAUAUUUGUGUUCAUUUUCCGAAUACUUUCUUGACUAUUCUUUUGAUGUUCAAAAAUUUGCUUGUAAAAAAACUUCCAAAAAAACUGUGGUUCAAAAAUAAAAAAAUCAUUAAUUUUUUUCAAUGAGCCCUUUUUUUCGAUUUUUUUCCAUAUCACUGUGAAACUUUAGACUUUUUUUCUUUUUGUUUUUUUCCUGUUUUUUUCCGAGUUUUUUUUGCUUGUUUCUACUUGUUUUUUUAUCAUAAUCUCACUGAAUAGUUUGUUCUAGGGUGUUUUAAUUUACGAAAAAAAUAUUCGUAAACGUUUUUUUCUCGGAAAGGAAAAAUUGAAAAAUUCGCUAUUGGAAAUUUUUUUCUAAUCUCUAUAAUGCUUUCGAAUAACACCACAUUUUUUUGUGAUUCAUAUACACGUAUACUGACCAGUUUUGGUGGUUUUUUUUUGAUGGAACUUGCUUUAAUUUCAAUAGGAAAAAAGAAACUUGAAUCUCCUAAAUAAUAUUUGGUAUUCCGGAAAGGAAAAGUUCGUUUCAGAAUCGGUGGUCGCCAACGUACGACGUGGCGGCUAUUCUGACGUCGAUCCAGUCGCUUCUCGACGAGCCGAACCCCAAUUCUCCCGCGAAUUCGCUCGCCGCACAGUUGUACCAAGAAAAUCGUCGCGAGUACGAGAAACGCGUCUAUCAGAUCGUCGAACAGGUAGAAAUCGCUAAUUAAAUGAAGCUGCAUCGUUUGAAGUCGCACGAGCUCUAGAUCAGCACUGGAAAAGCAUUUACGCUGCGUCACCUUUAUCAUUUUCUUCUAUGCUUCUUCAAACACCCCAAAAAGCUUAUGAAAAUCGAGUUUACAAAACAUUUUACCAGAAGCCAACUUUUAUUUGACCAAAAUCAACGCUCAAAAUAUGAGUGAACAAAUUAACAAUCAGGAAAAAAAGCUAUGAUUAUUUUUUGCGAUUUUGUAUUAGAAAUUUUCGGAUUGUUGACAAUCGGAAAUCAUAUCAAUAUUAUUUUUUCCGCAGUUCAUUUAGUACUUUUAAGCUAGGAGUGAAAUUCUUGAUAAUUUUUUCAAAGGUUUUGACAGUAUAAAAAAUAAAGCUCGUGGUUGUUACGCUUCUUUUCUCGCUUCAGCUUUUAAUUACCUAUACGGGGAAGGGAAAGUUCAAUAUAAAAUAAAACUUUAUAGCAGUUGUUUUCAAUAGAAAAAAUGCGUGAUUGAUAGAAGCGAAAUAAUUUCAACGUGAGUCAAAGAAAGUUUUCUUUAGUUUGGAAGUUGAUGAGUUGCAAAAAUUAUUUGACAUGGCGGUUCCUAAUAUUCUCUACAAGGGUUGACUGUGCAGGCGAAUCAUUGAGCCGAAUGACGUGUUAUCUGUUUGCAGAGCUGGAUGAACUUUGGUGAGAACGAGGGCGACAUGGAGCCGAAGGAAGGAGAAGAGCAAGGCGCCGGAGACGAGCCCGCGGCUCCGAGCGGCUCCAACUGA